CGAGCGCGCGCCCCGGCGCGGGAGCGCGCCCCGGGGAGAACCCGAGCAAGAUGGAGGCCGCGCCGAGGCCGCCUCCAGGGCCGAGGCCGCCGCCGCGGGGAGCGCCGAGCCGGGCCGCCUAGGCCGCGCCCGCCGAGCCCCCCGGACCGCACCAGCUCCCGGCCUCAGUCCCGGGCCGGCGGCCCGCAGCCCCGCAGCCCCGCCGCCGGCCCCGCCCCCGGCACCAUGCUGCCCUCGCAGGAGGCCUCCAAGCUCUACCACGAGCACUACAUGCGGAACUCGCGGGCCAUCGGCGUGCUCUGGGCCAUCUUCACCAUCUGCUUCGCCAUCAUCAACGUGGUGGUCUUCAUUCAGCCCUACUGGGUGGGCGACAGCGUGAGCACCCCCAAGCCUGGCUACUUCGGUCUCUUCCACUACUGUGUGGGCAGCGGGCUGGCGGGCCGGGAGCUCAUCUGCCGCGGCUCGUUCACCGACUUCAGCACCAUCCCGUCCGGCGCCUUCAAGGCGGCCGCCUUCUUCGUGCUGCUCUCCAUGGUGUUGAUCCUCGGCUGCAUCACCUGCUUUGCGCUUUUCUUCUUCUGCAACACGGCCACGGUCUACAAGAUCUGCGCCUGGAUGCAGCUCUUGGCAGCUUUGUGCCUCGUCCUGGGCUGCAUGAUCUUUCCCGACGGCUGGGACGCCGAGACCAUCCGGGACAUGUGCGGGGCCAGGACCGGGAAGUACUCGCUGGGGGACUGCUCGGUGCGCUGGGCCUACAUCCUGGCCAUCAUCGGCAUCCUCAACGCCCUCAUCCUCUCCUUCCUGGCCUUCGUGCUGGGCAACCGGCAAACGGACCUCCCGCAGGAGGAGCUCAAGCAGGAGAACAAAGGCGAGUGCGGGCCGGGGCGGGGGCGGCCGGUGCGGAGUCCCGGAGAGGAAGCAGAGAUUGGAAACGGAGAGGACAGUGGGACCCCCUGGACAAUCAUGGGUCACUACCCCACACAUCCAAACGCGGGUGCCUGGAGCCCAGGAAACAGCCCUCAGCACACGCCCUGGAGAAACGUGCAAGAGAAGUUUCACACUGAACCCCGAGGGGUGGGCGGGAAGGGGGUGGGCUGACUGAGCCUCAGUGUGGAGCCGAGACACGUCUUGGAGGGCUGAUUGGAA